AAAACAACAUUCAAAUCAAUGAAAGUUUCGAUUCAAACAACACAUGUGAUUGAAAUAUGAAAUAAUUGUUGACAUAAUGUUAUAAUUUAAUUGAAAACAUUGAAUGUGUUGACAAUGUUAUGCUUAAGACAUUUGGUUAGAUGUGUUGACACACAUGUAAUGGUUGUAUCCGUAAGAUAUCAUAACUUGUAUUAUUGGAACCAAAUGUUUGUCUUAACGAAUAUCAAUGACUCAAUUGGUAGCCAUUUGUCUUCAACACAUAGAUCUCAAUCGCUUUUUAAAAAUAAAAACUUGAUUUCAAUGACUGAAAAAGGAUUGUAUGUAUUGAUGCCAUAUGUGGUCAAAGCAAUGAACAAAUUGGUUGAUAUUAUCGACGAUGAAAUGCGUCAAAUAAAUGCACACAAGAUCUCAAUGCCAUCAAUCGUUGCUAAAGAUCUCUGGGAUAUAUCAAAUCGUUGGGAGGAAUCGAAAGAAGAAUUGUUUAGAUUAACAGACAGACAAAAGACUAGCUUUUGUUUAGCACCGACUCACGAGGAAGUGGUCACACAAUUAGUUUCUAAAACCAAACAUUUAUCUGAGAGUCAUUUACCCAUUUAUUUGUAUCAAAUAACUAAUAAAUUCAGGGAUGAAAUUAAAGCAAAACACGGAUUAUUGAGAGGACGAGAGUUUCUAAUGAAAGAUUUAUAUACUUUUGAUGCAAACGAAGAAAAAGCAAAGGAAACAUAUGAUAAAGUAUGCAAUGCUUACGAAAAUAUUUUUAAACGAAUUGAUUUAACUGUUAUUAAAGUUCGCGGAUCAGUUGGCAAUAUUGGUGGCAAAUAUUCUCAAGAAUUUAUGUUAGUCUCUGAUUUAGGUGAAGACGAGAUAUAUAAAUGUAAUGUUUGUGAAUCAGCCUUCAAUACUGAACUGAUAGACAACACCGAUGAAGUCAAAUGUCUUACAUGUAAUAGCAAUGAUUUAAAGAAAUUGAAUGCCAUUGAAGUUGGCCAUACAUUCCUUCUCGGGACUCGUUAUUCUCACAAUUUUAAUGCAAAUUAUAUAUCAAAUGAUUCAGAGAAAUCAAGAAAAGUUUUUGAGAUGGGAUGUUAUGGGUUAGGUGUGACCCGAAUAUUAGCCGCUUCUGUAGAAGUUUUAUCACAAAACUAUUCAAUUCGUUGGCCAAAGUCUUUAGUGCCGUUUAGAGUCUGUUUAGUUUUGCCAAAGAAAGGAAGUAAAGAAGAUGUUUAUAAUGGAACUGAAUUUAGUUUAGAUUUUGCUAAAAGUUUGACAAAUAUAUUCAAUGAAGACGUCUUCAUUGAUGACCGAACUAAUCAAACAAUUGGCAAACGAUUGUUUGGAUUGCAAUCACUUGGCUUUCCUUAUAUUAUAAUAGCCGGCAAAAGAAUCACUGAAGAAAUACCAAUUUUUGAAGUAAUAGAUAAUUAUCGAAAUGAUAAAUAUUUUAUGAAUCAUUUAGAUUGUAUUAAAUUUUUAGGGUAA